UGUAGAGAAAAAAUAGGCCACUAUUCUAUAAGUUAGCCCAUCUAUCUAUUUCAUUUGAAUGAAUAAUUCAUAAAUAAAGGAAGAUACUACUUAUUUAUAAAAAUGUCUGUGAAUUCAUAUGGUAAACGUAAUUGGAGUAAUCAAAAUUAUUUAUUAACAAAUUAUACACAACAUUAUAAUGAUAAACAAAAGAAUCUAUCUUAUUGUUUAACAGAUCAUUUCAAUCAAUGUUCAACAAUACAUGAUACUACUACUACUACUACUACUAAUAGUAGUAGUGAUAAUACUAUUGAGCAUAUACCAAUAUCAUCAUCCUCAUCAUCUUCGACUUCAUUAUCACAAUAUCAACCUCCUAUAAAACGUGUUGCUAAUGAACGUGAACGUACACGUACAGCUAGUGUAAAUGAUGCAUUUCUUAUGUUACGUAAUUUAAUUCCAACAGAACCAAUGAAUAGAAAAUUAUCAAAAAUUGAAACAUUACGUUUAGCAUCAUCUUAUAUAUCUCAUUUACAUGCUAUAUUGAUCACUGGUUCAGGACCAGCAGAUCAACCAUGUUUAAAACAUCAACAAAUUUAUCAUUUAGAAACUACUCAUAAUGAUAUUAGUAGUAGUAGUACUACUACUACCCCUAUUCAUGAAAAUUUGAUCGAUAAAACUCAAAUCAUGUUUAAUCCUAAUAAACGUUAUAAUAAUAGAUCAGUAUGUACAUUUUGUGUUACUGAAAUGAAACAACAUCAACGUACUAUGAAUAAAGAGACAAUUAUAUCAAAUGGACAAUAAAAUUCUAUGGAUGAUUAAGUUGUUUUUUGUUUUUUUUUUGGAUUGAGAUCAUGAAUCAAUUGAUGUUAGAUCAUCUUCCAGUGCUUCCAGGUUUCCAUAGAUGGUGGUCUAACAUUAAUCGGUUCAUGAUCUUAAUCAAAAACUGAUGUACAGUUAUUUUGUUUGUUUAUUGAUUUUUUUUAUUGUUGUUCUUUUUUCUCUUUGUUUUUCUCUUUAACAUUUGAAUUGACAUUUUUGUUUCUUUUUGUUGUUGUUGUUGUGGUGGUGGUGGUUGUGGUUGUCAUGUUUCAAUGAAUCAAUAAAUAAAUAUGGAAGAUAUUGAUGAUUAUUGAAUAUGAAAGGAAUCGAAUGAUAUUUCAACAUGGAAUGAAUCAAUGAUCUAAUUAUGGAAUAUGAUCUUGGAUCUAAUGAAUCAUGUCUAUGAAGGUAAUAGAAUUCUAAUGGAAUAUGGUUAUUACUGUUUGUUAGAAUAAACAAAAUGAGUAGUAUAGUGAUUAAGAUCUAAUUAUUAUGAUUAUUAUCUAGUUGAUAUUGUCAUUUGUAUUGUAAUGAAAUAAACAUUUAAAGUAUA